AUGAAGUUCAAGCUGAACAGGUAUGUAGAUGGACUAGGUAAUUCUUAUCCUUUGGAUCCAGAUCUCAUGAAUUUGGACAGCCAGACAGCUCCAUUAGAGUCCUGUUUUUGUUACAGUGAUUACAAUGAAGCAGUCCCUCCAACUAAAAUUGAAGUUGACAAUUUACAUUCCGACAUGGAGUGUGAUGAUGUAGAUGUAGACGUUAGCUCUGAACAGGAUGAAACCUGUAAAUCUAAAAGAGGUCCAAACAGAUACUACUCCGAAGCAGAGAAGCAACGAUUCUGGCAACUAGUUAUCGAGCAAGGGUCUUCUGCAUACAGAGCUGCACAAGCACUCAAUAUCAGUUUACAAACAGUUUAUAUUUGGAAAAGAAAUUGA